AUGGGGCUACGAUGUCCAUCAAGCCCUCAUGAUCGGAAAGCCACCGACACGUAUGCUGCGUUACGCGAGCAGAUGGAUUCGUCUGGGAAGGGAGAUCCGAUCGCUUGGGGGUCAGCGCGGUUUGGCAGGGAAGCGACGGACCCGCAUGCAAAGCUUUCGGGGGGUCACGCGGUUCAGGUGAAAAUCGAGGGAGCAACGAAGCGGCACGAACCCUCGGCCGCCGCAGCAGCCAAUGACGGUGUGGAGGAGGUGUGUGGGGCGAAUUCCUUGGGUGAAUGUGGCGGCGGUGUGGAAGGCUCCAUGUGGGAUGUACGGGAUAGCAAGGGAGAAGGAGGAGACUUGAAAAUGGAUCCAGCGACUAAGGAGGGGAGGGGCGAGAGCAUGGGCACACCUGGCGCAUCCAGUCGGCCCAACGUGGCUGGCGGCAAGACGGUGGAGCAGCUCAUGCGGGAGCUUGCCCAGCGGGAUCGCGAAAUUGCGGCACUCAAGGCAAGGCCAGGAGCCAAAGGACCUGUCAACCCUGCACCCCUCCAGCCCCUGUUCAUGGCGCUGCUUGUCUG